CGAACGACGCCUGACACGUGACCAUAUUCCAUCCGCAACUACGCACGGCCAUGCAGCGAAAGAAAGGCGCCCAUACAGCUGCUAGCCGCCUGCUCGAAAUUCCACCGCACACACAUGUGAGACUCGAGACCAGCUUUGACUUGCGUCCACUCACCGCUUCGCCUUUCCAUUGAAAGAAGCACAAGUGCAGCCGAUUGCCCUUUCACGUACCGAGAAUCUGCACUCUCAUCGCGGAUCUGAACAGUCAAACGCCGAUCACCCCGAUCGGGAAGAAGUGCCUGCGAGAUCGCACCCUUGAGCGACAUGGCGAGCACUCAAGCAAGUGGGAGCGGCGCUUCCGCUUCCGCUUCGCAAGCACCACUACCUGGGGCGCUAGAUGUUCACCCGCUCCGCCUGCUAGCGCUUCGCUCGCUCUUGUCCGCUCUCGACGCGAUUCCAGAAGGCAAGACGUUGCUCUUAGAUCCAGCUCUUGCUGGGCCCUUGGGACUGGUAGCGGAUGUAUCUGCACUCAGGCAACAUGGUGUGGAACGCAUGUUUUGGCUGGAAGAGCAUACAGGCAACAAAGUUCCGAGGACUGAUGCGAGCGCAUCGCAGGCUGGUGGACAGGAACGAGAUCGAACGGAUAAGGGCAAGAGGAAGGUCAACAUUGUACCGGUCAAUGCACCUACUAGAGCUGUCGUGUAUAUAUGCAGGCCAGAGAGCAGAUGGUUAAGAGUCAUUGCUGGUCAUGUGCUAGCGGAUCGUAGAGCCUCGCCCAAGUCCUUGGCGCACACGUAUCACCUCUUGCUUUCGCCUCGUCGAACGGAGCUGUCACUACAUCUUCUCAGCGAACUAUCUCCUUCAUCGAGCGCGGAAAAUGUCGACGAUGCAUCCUCUUCUUCAUCCCUCUUGGCCGACUUGCAUCUCUACGACCUUCCUCUCGAAUUUGUGCCAUUGGAGGAAGACCUACUGAGCUUGGAAGAUCCUAGAGCAUGGAGCAGAUGCAGUAAAGAUGGAGACUUGGGCACUUUGCACGAGACUGCUUUGGCUUGCAUGACCCUGCAACACCUUUGGGGGACGUUUCCACGCAUCGUUGGAAAGGGUGACGCUGCACAGCGCUUUGCCACGCUCUUGACUCGCCAAAGAAAAGAAGCGCUAGCUGCAGAUCCGAAGAAUGCUGCCCUCACUGCUUCAAGUCAGUCGGUGGACUGUCUCGUCGUGCUGGAUAGGAGCGCAGAUCUCGUCACUCCGCUGUGCACCCAGCUCACCUACGAAGGUCUCCUGGACGAAGUGCUCGGCAUCAACAGUGCACACAUCGAGGUCGACUCUUCUCUGCUCGCUGCAAACGGACCUGCAAGCCCAAGCGCGAGCGGUGCAGCAUCCGGUAGUGGCACGCCCUUGCGAGUGACAAUGACCUCUCCGACCAAGAAGAAGAAGCACCGGCUAGACAACGCCUCGGACUCGCUCUUUUCCUCCAUUCGAGACUGCAAUUUUGCAGUGGUGGGAGAGGUACUUCAUCGAGCGGCGCAGAGAUUGUCGGCGGACUACGAGGGCAGACACGCUGCGCAGACUGUGGCACAGAUGAGAGCUUUUGUGGGCAAGCUGGGAGGUUUACAAGCUAGUCAUUUGGGGCUGCGAGUACAUACCAGCUUGACGGAGCGCAUCAUGGGCAUCACUGCCUCUGAGCAUUUCAACGCUUCCUUGGAGAUACAACAAAACAUCGUCGCUGGUGUGGACUUACCCGCUCAGCUCUCGGCGAUCGAGGCGCUCAUUGCCAGCGAGGCUCCUCUGCUGAUGAUCCUGCGUCUGCUGUGCCUCCUCUCUGUUGUCGGUGGCGGUAUCAAGCAGAAGAAUCUAGACGCGCUCAUCCGCGACGUCCUACAAACGUAUGGAUACACACAUUUGCCGCUGCUGCUAGCUCUGCAAAAAGUGGGGCUUCUGGUCCCUGCGCCUGCCGUUCCUCGUCGAGGGGCCCCAAUCAAGGGCAUAGCCGCCGUUCGCGGUCAGCUCAGACUCAUCAACGACGAAGUGGACGAGCGGGACCCGAAGGAUAUCGCGUACGUAUACUCUGGCUAUGCUCCGCUGAGCUGUCGACUUGUGCAAGCAGUCGCGCAGAAGGAAGCGAUACUGGCCCCUGAGAGUGCCAGCGAGAGGAAUGUCGCUCAAGCUUCGGAGCCUUUGGCGCCCCGAGAUGUGGACAAUGAGCUGGCUGGUGGAGCUCGCGUGUCAGUCAGGCCCAACAACGCUCGACGAGUACCCGAUGCGCACCCGAUCGUUGGCUGGCAAGGAUUUGAAGAUGCGGUAUCGGCAUUGCCAGGCGCGACGGUUGAUGAGGUGCAAUUGCCAAGCACGUCGAAUGCGAGCACCAUCAGCGCGAGUGGCUCGACACAAUACGGCUCUGUGCCGACGACGACGACGACGACGAUUGUGCUCUUUUUGGGAGGAGUGACGUACACGGAAGUUGCUGCGUUGAGAUACAUGUCAAGUCAGACGAAGAACAGGAGAUUCUUGGUCGCUACGACGGGCAUCAUCAAUGGGGAUAGCCUCAUCAGAUCUUUGAGCAACUGUUCGACGGACAGCUUGGGCGCUAGUCAUGCUCUCGAACAUUUGCACCCGACUAGUCAGGCUCAGCAUAGAGAUACCUCGAUGAUGAGCUCUGCCACUUGACGCUAUUCUCCGCCAGACAUUUAUACCCUCCGAUUCUUGUUACGAACGAUGACACGCUCUACGCGGCUUGGACAAUGUAGCAGC